AUGAGACCUACAAAGUGGAAAGAGGCUGACUGUGGUGAAAUUCUUAAAAAAAUUAAGCUUAGGCUUCACACUUGGAGGAGUAGACAUUUAUCAUAUGCUGGUAGGAUUCAGCUCAUUUCCUCAGUUCUCUUGGGGCUACGAAACUAUUGGAUGAAUAUUUUCUUAUUGCCUCAGAGUAUAAUCAAAGAAGUAGACAAACUUUGUAUCUGGUUUCUUUGGGGUAAUAAUGGUACCAGGAGUAACUUUCAUCUCACUUCCUUGUCUACUGUUUGUUUGCCUAAAUCUUUUGGAGGAUUGGGUUUUGGUGAAGGUUCUAAAUGGAACAAGGCUAUGCUAGGUAAAUACAUCUGGGCAAUUAGUCAUCAGCAGGAGUCUUUAUGGGUGAAAUGGAUUCAUUCUGUGUACUUAAAGGGACAAACCUUUUGGCUCUACCAACUUAAGGCUGAUACAAGUUGGUAUUGGCGAAAAAUCUGUCUGUUGCGUAAUAAUUUUACACAAGAGGAUAUUCAUAAAGCAGGUAGUCAAGGGAGGUUUAAAAUUGGGCAGUUAUAUGCAAGUUUUAUUCACCAAACACCUGUCAAAUACCAGCAGUUUGUGUGGAGCAGAAUGAGUGUUCCCAAGCAUAGGUUCAUCACUUGGCAAGCUGUGAAUUCUAAGCUGUUAACUAGGGAUCAUUUACUUCGAGUUUUUAUGCUUCUUGAUUCUACACUUUGCCCGGUCUAUGAACAAGUUGAUGAGAGCCAUAACCAUUUGUUUUUUGACUGCUAUUUCUCCCAGCAGGUUGUUCAUCAUUUUCAGGUUUGGAUAAACUGUAUAUGGCCUUUAUGUUUCUCUGAUUGGACCAGGUGGAUUAAAGACAUGAGGAAGGGGGUUCGUGCCUCUAUAGUGGCGGCUGUAUUUUCAGCUACUGUUUAUUAUCUUUGGCAUAAUAGGAACACUUGUUUUGUCCAUAAUUACUCACUUAGUGUCAAAGUUGUCGUUGAUAUGAUCAAAAAAGAUAUCAUGUAUAGACUUAGUUGUUUUUCUCAUAAGAAACUAAAAGGCAUUGAGCUUUUUUAUUUGAGAAACGUGGGUUCCAUGUAA